CCCACUCAACCACCAACCCCGGCAUGGACAAGGCAUUUGUGUUUGGGUCGUAUCGUCGUCAAAUUUGACUGAGGCUUGAGUCCAAUUUUUUAACUGGCUUUAAAAAAAAUGGAAUUUGACAGCCAACAAAACACUGAACCCGUGGAGUACACUUGGGACAGCCAAGACAGUGGUUUUCAAGAGUCUCAGCAAUCGCAGCAGCAACCAGAAUACUGGGGCCGGCUCUACCCGAUGAGGUCGUCGCUUCGAAAGAUUGACCUAGUAAACAAUUCUGUCAAAGUUGGAGUGGCACGCUUCAAAAAGAUCGAUGAUCAUCUAGAAGUUGGUGCUGAUGUUGUUUUGGAAAGAAGCGAUCUUCCGACAAACACAUUUCUUAAGUGCAGCAGGGUACAUUUUGAAAUCCGAAGGGUAGAAGUUCGAGUUUUGGGUGUUCAUACUACUCAAGUGAGAAUCUUUGACCGGAGCACCAAUGGAACCUACAUUAAUGGGCACUGCAUGAAAAGAUGGUCUGAUGCUCUUAAAUGGAGAGUACUGAAGACCAAUGAUGUAAUUGGUUUUCCCGAUGGGAAGUCAGUGCCAAACUAUGAUGCAUUUAUAUUUAUUGACCCUUUGGUAUCAAUCUCUAGUCAAAUACCCUACUCUAUUCGUAAAAAAUAUCAAGUGACUGUUAGACUUGGGGCUGGCACCUUUGGGGAAGUAUCACUGGUGUUUGACAAGGAAAAUGGGAAACCUUGUGCUAUGAAAACUAUUCUUAAAGACACAUUUGUCAAUAACCGCAUGUUGAAUAGUCUUCAGAAAAAAUUAGUCAAUGAGUUAGAUAUACUUCAGUCUGUAAAACAUCCCAAUGUCAUCCAGCUUGUUGACGUUCUUGAUUGCAAAAAAGAGCACUUUUUAGUAUUAGAAUAUAUGGAAGGGAAAGAUCUUGAGCACCGGCUGGAAAGAGCAAGACAAAACAAUGAACAGCUCGAGGAAAAAUUGUCAAAGCUCUACUUUUACCAAAUACUUCAAGGAGUUCAGUAUCUCCACAGACAGGGCAUCAUCCAUAGAGAUCUCAAGCCAGCCAAUAUUCUGUUAGCAAGUGAUCAGAAGGAAACCAUCUUAAAAAUUACUGAUUUUGGUUUAUCUAAAGUCUUAUCACCUGCAACUAUGAUGAAGACACUUUGUGGAACAAAGAUGUUCCUUGCACCCGAAGUUAUUGAAGGGGCAGGAUCCUAUGAAUAUACAGAGCAAGUGGAUGUAUGGUCCAUGGGUGUCAUUUUAUAUUUGUGUUUAUCAGGUGUUGAGCCAUUCUACACUGACACCGGUAAUGUAGAUGAACUAAUAAGGGAAGCAGUAUUUGAUCUGGAUUCGACGGACUGGAAUAAUACAUCGGAAGAUGCGAAGGCUGUGAUCAAUAGAAUGUUAACUAAGGACCCUAAUGAAAGGAUCAGAGUUCGAGAAAUUUACCAGAUGCUUUGGUUACAGGAUGAAGAAAUGAUUGAAAAAGCUAAUGAAUUGUAUUCAGUUCUUGAUUCGAGUAACUCUUCAAGCAGCACCAUGACUGUGGACUCAACAUUCAGUUGCAGUGUUGAAGAAGAUAGCCUUGCAGGGUUUCCAAGUCCCCCUUCUAAGAAGCGCAGAACACUUUGAAUUUGCAUGACAAAAGUUCCUAAUUACUUUUAAAUUUUUAUGAUAUCAUUUGUGUUUUACUUAAUUUUUGUUAAUGUUCUCAAAUAUAUUGAUAGAAGAUAUAUGGUAAUUUUUUGACCUCAGUUAAAAAUUAAAACAAUUAGUAAUAGAUAAA